CUAAAAACCCGGACCGCGUUUCCCCCUCGCUGCGUUUCCCGUCUCUCCCCGCGCACCGUACCCCUCACUUCCGGAAACAUGGCCGUCUCCACGAGCACGAGGAGCGGAGUUGGGAACCAUCCACGAGAACCCACGCCGUGCAGCCCUGACCACCAGGAGGAGGAUAAUGAGGAGCUGGACCAGGAGGAGAAGGUGGACCAGGAGGAGAAGGUGGACCAAGACGAACUGGAUGCAGCCUCGGACGCUGGGAGCGACGCCGAGGACGCUGGAGAUGCAGACGCAAGUGAUAAUGACGAUGAGAGCAACGAUUUGGAAACAACAGACGACGGCCCCUCCGGCUGGGCUGAUGCCAUGGCCAAGAUCCUGAACAAGAAAAUACCCCAAAGUAAACCAGCUAUUCUCGUGAAAAGCAAAGACAUUGAAAAGGCAAAGGAAGAGGAAAAGGAGCAGCGAGAAAAGCUGAGAAAACAGAUUGAAAAGCAGCAGCAGUGGGAGGAGAUGUGCCGGAUGAGGCCCGACGCCACCAAGGACCGUGACCGAGAGCGGAAUCUGCAGAGAGUGGCCACCAGGGGCGUGGUGACGCUCUUCAAUGCUGUGCGAAAACACCAAAAGGGAAUGGAGAAAAAAGUGAAAGAAGCCGGCGGUCUUGAGCGCAAGAGAGCCAAGGUGCUCUCCUCCGUCACCAAGAAGGACUUCAUCAGCAUGCUGCGGGGCGAGGAGGACGCGACACUUACACGCACGGGCCCCGGCCGCACAGCCCCACAGGCGGGUGAGCAGAGCGGGCCAUCGUGGAACAUCCUGCGAGAAGACUUCAUGAUGGGAGCCAAAAUGAAAGACUGGGACAAGGAGAGCGUCAGCUCGGCGAGUGGAGGAGACGGGGAACCGAUGGACGAGCUUGACAGCGAGUCGGACUAGUGCGCACGGGGCCACGCUCGCACACCCCAACCCACAUCGUACGGCACUGCGAGAUCUGCAAUUUCUGCAUCUACUUCAUACCUGCGCAACAGUGUCUAACGGCCGUGUUUUAAAAUACUGACAGUCGACACAUUUCGCCUUUCGGUUGGGUUUACCAUGUUUCCCAGUUCUGUGUAUAUAAACAAAAAAUAAAACAUUUUUGAGACAUUU